AUGGAUACUAAAGAGAUAAAGUCGACCAUUUCAAACCUUGAAAAGUCGACAGAUGAUACCACCAUAUUGAAAUUGUUGAACAUCUUAAAUGAUGGCGUCAAACCAAGUGAAAAGGUUCUAAGGGAAACCAAGGUCGGUGUGGCUGUAAACAAGUUCAGAAGUCACGAAAACAGUGAAAUCAGCAACUUGGUCAAGAAGAUGAUCAGAAACUGGAGAGAUGCAGUACAACACGAGAAGAUCUCCAAGAAGAAAGUCAGCGGGUCAAGCACUCCCAGCACCCCUGCCACACCAGCAACUCCUAGUUCCUCUACCAACUUGAACUCGAUCGACGGGGCCAAGAAGAUCCCUACUGGUCCAAGAAACCCCAAGACUGACGGCGUAAGCACUGAAUUAUACGAUAAUCCAACCAGAAACGCCUCAGUCAGUGCAUUAUACACUUCCUUAGCAGUAGAGCGUGGAGACCCCUCCGAACUUAUUUUGAAAAUUGCUUCUGAGAUUGAAAGUGAAGUGUUCAAGAGUGAAUAUCUGAAGGUUACCGAUAGUUAUAGAAAUAAACUUCGUAGUUUUACCAUGAAUCUUCGAAAUAAAAAGAACCCGGAGUUGAGAGAACGAUUAUUAACCCAGGCCAUCUUAGCGGCUAAUUUCAUCAAAAUGACCCCUAGUGAAAUGGCUCCGGAAUCACUUAAAAAGGAAAUCGAAAAGUUGAACAAACAAAAUCUUUUUGAUGCCCAAGGUGCUACGGAAAAGAGAGCAGUUACCGACAGAUUCACCUGUGGUAAGUGUAAACACAAGAAGGUCAGUUACUACCAAAUGCAAACAAGAUCGGCCGAUGAACCAUUGACUACUUUUUGUACUUGUGAAAAUUGUGGAAACAGAUGGAAGUUCUCGUAG